AUGGGAUACAACUGCUCCUUUGCCGCUCGUGGUGAUAAGGUUGAGCCAUACGGUGAUAUAGCGGGACCCGGUGUCAUCGUUGGCUUCUUGGGCACCGGCUGGCUUGCCGUCAUAUUCGUUCUACUGCACUAUCUCUUCGUCUUCGACCUUUACGAGGAUCCACUCCAUAGUAGCGACGGAAACAACUUUGGUGAGGCCGAUGAACUGUGGCGAGCGAAUCCAAUCGAUCUCUUGGUCAAGAGCACAGUAAGAAAGUGUUUCGAGUACCUGAACAUUGGAUCGGGCUGGUCCAACGGCCUAGAAAUGUCAAUCUUGGGUAUGUGUGAUAUCCAAUUUGUGACUGGUCUCGGUAUCCUCAUCAGCGGUUUUAUCGACCUUCCCAAGGGUAUAUCAGCCUACCACUUCAUUCUUGUCACACAUCUAGCGUGGUUCUCCAAUCUGACGCAUAUAUGUGGUCUCACCGUUCUACGAAACUACUUUCAUACUCGACCGACAGAGAAGUUCAUUCGCAUCCUUUGUAUAAUCAUACUGGCCUUCAUUCUACUAAUCGCAAUGGGGCCGACUUUAUCCUUCAACUGGCCACAUCUAGAUGAAGGUACUGCAAGUCUUCCUGGGACAGAUGCUAUCUGCCUCUAUAACCCUUCCAGAUCAGUUGCUUGGCAUGAAAAGUCGAGGGAAGGGUAUAUGUCUGUCCAGUUCUCUCAGUCGAACGCCUUUCAGUCUGGCAUCGUGUCAAUCGUUCUGUUGGUUCUGAGCCACGUCAGCCGAACAAUCAAGUUUCAUUCGCCCCUCUCGGCCCCAUUCCAACUGCUACGAAGAAAAGUCGAUGCCAUGAGCGCGAGAAGGAUUAGGAUGCUGGCCAAUCGUGGUACAGAGAUCACCUGGUUAAGAACAAUAAAAGUGCGUCGGGCUCUACUUUACAGCCAGGUGGCGGCCAUCCUAGUCUUUCGGCUAUAUUGUGAUCUUGUUGUCUCGACAUUGUCUGAUCUUCAUUGGUUGCUUGUCACUGCAGCCUGGGGCACAACCAAGUUCUUCAUCACCAAGUCCAGCGUGACGGUUGAUGAGAAUGAAUGGACGUUUGGUCAAGUCCUUCCAGCCUUUCUUCUCAUCUGGCCUGUCGGUAUUGCAGUCAAGGGAGCAUUCGAUGAGCAGGACAAUAGCCCGCCGUCCGAUAUGACUGGGUCAAACAUACUCUUGGAGCAAAGUUCCGCAAACGUUGAUGCGAAAUACGUCGUUUCCGGCAGCAUCUGCUCCACUGCCUAA